AUGGCAGCAUGCAUGCAUGCCGGCGUGCGUGCCUGUGUGCGUGCCGGCGUGCGUGCCCGUGUGCGUGCCGGCGUGCGUGCCCGUGUGCAUGCGUGUAUGCUGGCAUGCAUGUGCACACGCGUGGGUGUGCACGCACGCAGGCAUGUGAACGUGGUCGCACCCCUCUUUCAAAUCCUUCGGGAGGGCCAUCGGCCCUGGCCGGCCGGGCAUCCACGGACCCAGGCCUGGCCGCUCUCUCCCAGUGUCCCCCCUCCCCCGGGCAAGGAUUGGGUCGUGAGUAAGUUUGGGAGAGUUUUACCUAUCCUGCACCUUAGAAGCCAGAACAGACGUAAAAUCUUGAAAUAUGAUCCAUCAAAAUAUUGCCAUAACCUGAAGAAGUUUGAACAGGAUGUCACAAGUGCUGUGUCUAUUUCUGACCUCACAUGGAAGUUGGAAGGAGGAGAUGACGUAAUGAGCAAGAAACGACAAGGCCAAUUUCCUGCCUUCAGGAACUGUCCUGCUAAGAGAGUGAAGGUGGGGGGCAUUCGCUGCUCCCCAUCCAAGACUGUGGGGCACCCUGAGCUGACAUCCCCGGCCCCUCCAAACACAGCACCACAGCUGGACAUGCAGAAAGCAAAUUCCAGGCCAGCCGAUCUUCCUACGUCCGGGUUCUCUAAAUGUAAGAACGGUCAGAAGUUAGAAGCAGGGUUUCUUCAGACUUCAAAAUCCCCCAUUGUCAGAAGCAAAAAUAGCAUGUCUGAUGAUGAUAUUGAUUCUGAAGAAGAACUAAAAGCCAUGCUAGCAGAAGAGAAGAAAUCCCAAACCACGACCUUCCCCAAAACAGACAGCACUGAAGAGGGUUCCUUUGAAGUGGUCGGCGUCGACUUCCAGCUGAAUCCAGUCAGGUCAGGGUUGAAACAGAAAAGCCCCCAGGCCCCUCGCUCAGGUAAUGCCACUCGUCUUGCUGAAGAUGACCAAGAGUAUGACUCGGGAGACACAGAUGAAAUCAUUGCGGGGGGUAGAAAUGGUGGUCAGAGCAAAGACAAGCAAACGAUUUUACCAAAAGACAAAUCUAAACAGAAAGAGGACUUGCUGAAAAAUAGAGCAAAUUGUCCAUCUUCUCGUCAUGCUACAGAAAUGAGUAAAAGGAAAAAUCUCAGAGGUAGUGAAGGAGGGUCGGUCAGUCGUACAAAGUGCAUCGCUAAAAAGCUGCCUAGGGUCUCCCCUGAAUCUGAGGGCGGUGAGUCUGAAGAAAGCUUGGAUUAUGAGUCCAUGAUGAGUAACUGCUGUCGCCUUGACCUCACCUUGGCAGACUUGGAAAAGCUGGCGAAUGGAGAUGCUGAGAGUCCGGGGGGGGAUGCCAGGCGUGCCGAGCAGGCUCUCCCCAAGAGACAGGACACUGGGUCUGGCCAGAAAAGGAAGAAGGCUCCCAAGAAAGGGGCCCGGUGCAUCAAUCCCAAGGACAUUUUGGCUUCCCUCUUAGAAGGAGAAGAGAAAAUCAGUGGCCAGAACCCACCAGAGGAAACUAUGUCAAAGUCCAAGUUUCAGGCUUUCAGGGGUAUGGGAGCGCUCUAUGGAGGGGAGAAACCAAAAAAACCCUUUAAGCACAGUGGUAUUACCACUCAGGUAAAAGGACAGGAUUCUUUGAAACAGGAAGCAUCUCCUGGUAGUUCUGUGGGAAAACAAGCCUUUGAUUUGAAUACUUAUUCCAGUGAUGAAAUGUCCCCACCUCAAGAUGGGAAGGAAGCAAAUGGAGCCAACAGUCUUCCACAUUGUCCUGGAAAACUUCCAAGGAGGCAGCCAGCCAGUGGAGACCAGCGUGGUGCUGUGCAGUCACCCUCCUCUAGUUCUGAAUGUGAAAGUGCUUCUCUUUCUAGCCUGUCAUCUUUCGGUGCUAAGAAACCCUUGAGUCUUAAUGCAAAGACUUGUAGGACAGACUUGGGAAGUGAUGAUGGCCUUGGCACCACUGAAUUGGGAGACCCCAAGGGGGAAGGGAGCGAUUCCAUCCCCCUUGGGCCUUCUGCAGGUCCAGAGCCCGAGCGUGAGCCAGCAGUUCUGAAAACACAGUUCAAGAAACCUCUCCAACUCUCUGUUGGGAGGGAUGGUGCGCCUUCUCGUGUACAAGGGAAGGGCCCAGAGGGGUCUCAGGCAAGGGAGACUGAAUGCCCACCUUCUCCUGUGGCUCUAGCUGAUGCCAUCAGCCCUCCGAGGAACUCUCAGGAUAAUCAGAAACGCUUGGCAGCCUUGGAGGAAAGGAGGAGAGAACGGGAGCUGCAGAAGCAGCUGGUUCACAGGGCUCUGUCCAGCUUGGACAGCCAUCCAGCCAACAAACCAAGUCACAUCCUGUUCGGCUCUGACAGUGAAGAUGAAACGGAAGAAAAAGACGGUGGCGACAAGCCUCUUCCAGGAGGCGGAGUCAGGCGGGAUUUGGCCAGUAAAACCUCUGGGAAGCUGUUUGAGAGCAGUGAGGACGAGGAGCAGGAGACUGAUGACGAGGCCCGGUUCCAAAUUAAACCCCAGUUUGAAGGCAAAGCUGGAAAAAAGCUCAUGAGUUUACAGUCCCACUUUGGCGCUGAUGACCGGUUUCGAAUGGAUGCUCGCUUUCUGGAAAGUGAGAGUGAAGAGGAAGAGGAGGAGAUAAAAGAAGCAGAGACGGCCGAGGAAGAGGAGCUCAUUGCUGAGAAGAAGAAAAACAUGGAGGUGAUUAAAAACAUUCUGCACGUCAGCCAUCGGGCUCCGAAACUGAGCAAAGAGGAAACAGCUGCAAAGCAGUUCAGAAACAUCGUACGCUAUGACCCGACAAGGUUGGACCAUGCCACGUUUGAAAGAAAAGUCGACCCUGAGGAAAAGGAAAGCAAAGCCAAACGCAGAAGGAAAAGAGAAGAGGCCGAGACGCUGCCUGAAGUGUCCAGAGACCUGUAUCACAGCAUUGCUGCCGAUCUCAAGGAGAGAUUUAGGGCUACGACGCCAGCCCUGGGCACUGGAGCUGCCGGCCCUUGGAACGAGACGCCCGAGGAGACAGAGACAGCCACGGCCCCAGGAGCGCCCGAGGGCCUCGGCGAGUUCACCUUCUCCUUCUUCGGCCCAGACGUCAGUGAGGUCAAGCAAGAACCGUACAAGACUGAAGCCAGGCCUCCCGGGCGCAUGGCCUGGCAGCGGGACCCUCGUUUCCAGGACAGUAGCUCGGAGGAAGACGAGGAGGAACCCGCGCCUGCCGAUGGGAGCCGAGAAGUGGCCAGGCCGGAGGAAGCACAGCCAUCUGAAAAACCAGCCAGGAGAUUUUUCUUUUUCUCCGAGAAUGAUGAAAGAUUACGUGUGGGUCCUGGGUCAUUCUGGCAAGCCUCAGGAAGCCAGCCCAGCAGUGAAGACUGGGAGUCCAGAACCGUGGCUCUGCUGCAGGAUUGCCGGAAGAAACACAAAGCAGCCAGGAGGAAAGCCAAGCCUUAGAGAUGACCAUGGCCAGUCAGGGGCCAGGCGCCCUCCCUUUGAGGCCUCGGAGGGACCGGCUUCAGGAAGACGUGGCCUGAGGGCC